AUGGCGCAAAGGCUCAUUGCUUGCUAUCAGUGGAUCAAGACUGCCGGCGGGAAAAGCACGAGCUUAUACACCAGAUUCAGCAACAGAGGCGCACCAUACAAGAAGAUUGCGGGAGAGCCGAAGCGUGCCCAGAACCAAGAGUUGUAUAACGACAACAUUCCGCUUCUUGACUGA